GCUAUUUGCCCGUCUAGGAGAGGGUCUGCCGCUAGCAUGUGACACGGGUGAGGCGAGUGCCACGGACGCUUCUGUACACACGCGGACCGCAGGGAUGAGGCUCCGGCGGCUGCUGUGCGUCGUGUUCCUGCUCCUGGUCAGCCUGCUACCUGCCGCCGCGCAGAGACCGGGUAAGCGCUGCUCGCACCUCCCGCGCUGCCGCCUUGGGGACGAAGGUUCGAAGCCCGCGUGUGCGCGGCGCACCUGCGUUAGCACCGCGCGUACUUCGGGCCAACCUGGCCCUGCGCAGGAAGCUGCACCGACACAACUGCUCGCACCGGCGGUGCAUGCCGCUCCACUCCCGCGUGCCCUUUCCCUGAGCGCCCGGCCCAGCUCGGCAAGCAAUUUCAUAACGGGCUUUUUAGUGUCUUAAAGGAGGAAGCUGCAACAACUGCACUGAUAGAGAAGCUCAUUCUAAGUACUGCUUACCAACAGUUGACCUGGUGGAGCCACAGCAAUCCUGUUUUGAGGCAGUCCAUCUGAAAUGAACACUUUCAGUGGUCCCGUGUAUCACAUUCUGCAUGACCUGGAACAAAGGCCCAUGACUCAUAUCCUAGAAGCAGGGGGAAGGGAGAAACGGGGAAGGUGAUUGGGGGGUGGGGGAGGUUGUACAUGAAGCUUCACUGGUUGAGGUGUAUAUUUGAAUCUCAAAAUGAUCAGUAAAAAUUAAAGAUCAAAUCGAACAUCAGAUACCUGAAAUGGAUUUCCCGAAGGCAUGAAGAAGGAUUUGUCCAAAGGGACUCUUAAUAGUCUAUACUAUUUAGAUGAAGAAAUUGGAUGUGCUGUUGACCGUAUUCAACUCAGGCUAUGCGUGUAAGGCAAUAUUUAGCAUGAAAUGAUGUCAAACUUACACACAGAACUGUUUAAGUCCAUUUUUAGUUAGUAUAUUCAUAUAUUAAUGAUAUGUAUGUUUUAACACCUAACAUUUCAUCGUUAUGAAUUUAUCUUAAUAGUAAUGUAGAAUGCGUUACUGUAAAUAGCACCAAAGUCAGCACCAUGCCAGUGCUCCUAGCUGCUUCACUAAGCAUCCCACAGUGAAGAAUUUAUGAUAUAAGAAAGUAAAGGGAGUAUUAUCCCUCAUUCUCUAGGUAGAGAAUUAAGGCACACAGAGAUAAGAGAUUAGCCAAGGGUCAUGCAAAACCUACUGCAAAACUGAUAACUCAAGUCUCCCAAGUCAGGCCUUAAGGUCAAGCCCGUCCUGCUGUUUAAUGAGCUGUUACUGCAAAGCCUAUCAUUUGUUUCCUUAAACUGGGUUGUCAAACCAGGCAGCUAAAACAUUUUUGAAAACUCAGUAAUACAGAUCUACUUGUUCAGUAGUAGUUUUCCUAAAAUACUCACGACAGCAUUGUAAGUAGAGCAUAAAAAUAGACCAUUGAAAAGAAACCUUUGUCUGAUCACCGCCGGUGCUCUGUAGUACACUAUUCCUGUGAUUAAAAUGAAUGGAAUACUAGGAACGUGGCACUACAAUGAAUAAGAACUUUAAAGAGAAAAACAAGCUGUUCUCCUCUGCACCUCUGCAGUGGUCAAGAAUAAACUAAGCUUUUAUUUCAAUUUUUAUUCUUAUAAAAAGCUGUCAAAAGCUUAUUUUUAUCAGCAGAAAUUACCAACUAUGUAUAAAGCAAAACAUGGCAGCCCUUUCAUUAAGGGGAACUAAAACAAGUCAGAAAUUCAGUCGUAUCCAGAUUUUUAAGACGCCACACUAGUUUUAAAUAUCAAGAGUUUCAUAAAAAGAGGAAAUUGUUAUAAGGAUGAGCAAAGAUUAGCAGUGUAAGUAUUUAAAUUCAGUAUUAGAAUUCUGUUUCAUAAAGCAGAUACUAAUAAGUGAACUAUCACUAAUCAUUAAGACUGGAUAGUUGAAACUUCCUAAUCAGCGUCCACUGGUAACCCCUUACCUCUAAGAAUUUGAAACCCCAGUCAGAAUUGUGCUGGAAAAAUAUGACAAGAGUUUCAAAUUUCCCUAUAUAGGAAGCACACAGGAAAGUUUUAACAUCACCUUAUUCUACAUUUUUGAAAAAACUGACAGUGCCAUCAAAACAGUCAAACUCGUCUAUACCAACAAACAGCAACAAAGGUAAAUCUUUGGAGUUGGUUUCCAAAAUUAGAACAUGCUGCCAUUCAAAUUAGCUUUUUUAAUUUAACUUAGCCGUCCUGUGUGUUUAAAGCAGAGAUUAUGGAAAGCAAGGAAUCUCAAGAGUAACUAUUUAAUGGUUAUCUUAAUAAUGAGUGUAUAGAUUUAAUACCAAAGAGCUAUAUAUACAUGUUCCUUUAUGAAUAUAAAAAUAAAUACAACACUCACCGAGGUGUCCUAGGAAGCCCGUCGUCAGUCUCUACAAAAUUACCUUAAAUGUCUGUUCUUUUUAGGCAUGCUAAUAACGAAAUUUUCUUUGAGGAAGACGUGGAUGGCAAUAUUUGAUAGAUAUGUUUAUAUGCUAGCUGAUUGUAUAUUUUGUAAAAAGUAUGCACUUCAAGUAACAAUGCUUCAUUUUAAAUAAUCUCUGUACACUGUUCAGUAUUGCUAUUCUUCAGAUGCCAAAGGUGAUGCACCUAAAGAAAAUAGUUUUUUUUUUUUCUACUUUUACUGUAAAUUGACAUGGGAUCCAUGUGUAAAACCUUUUCUUACUCGCUUUCUUAUAAAUAAAAACACUAAAUUCUGGUAAAA